AGCGAUGCACUCUGGGCAUAAGAAAUUGUUGCCACUUGCUAAGGUAUUAUUCUCAGAUCAUUGUCAUCUUCUGCACACUAAAUUUGUGAGAUAUUAUUAUUAUGGUUCAGGUUACAACAUAUCACAACUUGAGAGUUUUGUGAGGGAUGAGUGUAAAUCGGGAAGGAUCAAGAAGCUUGAUGAUGGUUUGAAAUACUUUGAUCAGUUGAUUUUGGAAAAUCCAUUGCCAUCUAAUGAUACAUUUAAUCAUGUAUUUAGUUCUCUAUCAAAGAUUAGAUGUUAUUCAGAUGUGAUUAUGUUAUAUAAGAAGAUGAGUUUGGCUGGGGUGCAACCUGAUAUCUAUACAUUCAACAUUUUGAUUAAUUGUUGUCGUCGAUUAGGAAAAGUUGAUCAUGGGUUUUGUUUGCUUGGAGAGAUAUUAAAGAGAGGUUUUCAUCCUGAUACUGUCACUUUUGCUACAGUGAUUAAGGGGUUGUGUCAACAAGGAAACAUUGAUUCUGCAUUCAAAGUGUUCGACAAAAUGACUAAGACGGGUAUUCAACCUAAUGCUGUUACAUGUAAUACUCUUAUACAUGGGCUGUGUAAAACUGGUCAAGUGGGUCCUGCUCUCAAGUUAAAAAAUAACAUGCUUAAAUGGAAUUGCAGACCCGAUGUUUUUUCAUAUAAUGCCAUUAUAGAUACUCUUUGUAAAGGAGGUUUACUUGAUCAAGCUAUGGUUCUCUUCACUGAAAUGCUUGGAGAUUCGAAUGUUGUACCCGAUGUAGUUGCUUACAAUAUUUUGAUUAAUGGGUUUGGCAAUUCAGGGAGGUUAAUGGAGGCAAAGUGACUAUUUAACGAGAUGGUUAGUAGAGGAAUCUCUGC